GGCCAAGAGGAGGAAGCACAAAGUCACGAACAAAAACAAUUCGUACUCUCAAAUUGAAUGCUACUCAAACAAUGGCAAAACUCCUAAGAAGUCUCCCUAUCUUAACUCUCCGCCCCAAUCUAAAACCUCCCCAUUUCUUCCCCACAACUUCCACUGUAAUCCCUUUCUCUAUUUCCUUCAUUAAAAUCAACCUUCACCCACCUUCAUCUUCUUCUUCACUUUCUAAGCGCACACACUGCAGUAGUACUGCUCCUGUUUCAGCUGUCUCACAUGUUUCAGAGCAGCAAAACUCAAUUCAACCAGCAAAAGAUACAAACUUGGAGUGGGUCAAACGCACCGCCUUAUGUGGGCAAUUGGGUGAGGAUGAUGCGGGUAAACGGGUCACUCUCUGUGGGUGGGUUGCUCUUCACCGAGUUCAUGGUAGCCUCACUUUUGUUAAUCUUAGAGAUCACUCUGGCAUUAUUCAGAUUACAACACUUCCCAGUGAAUUCCCUGAUGCACAUGCUAUGGUUAAUGGCUUGAGGUUGGAGUAUGUGAUUGCUGCUGAAGGAGUAGUACGUUUAAGGCCAAGCGAGGCUGUCAAUGAAACGAUGAAAACUGGGAUGGUGGAGGUUGCUGUAGAGCAGGUUAAAGUUUUAAAUUCUGUCAAGGUCAAAUUGCCCUUUUUGGUUACUACUGGCGAUGAUGUGAAAGACUCUGCUAAGGAAGAGAUACGUUUGAGAUACCGGUGCUUAGAUUUGCGCCGCCCUCAAAUAAGUUCAAACAUAAUGCUGCGACAUAGAGUGUUGAAACUCAUACGAAGAUAUCUGGAAGAUGUACAUGGCUUUGUGGAGAUUGAGACCCCAAUGCUUUCUAGGUCUACCCCUGAGGGUGCUCGAGAUUAUUUAGUGCCUUCAAGAGUUCAGCCAGGAAUGUUUUAUGCUUUACCCCAAAGUCCUCAGUUAUUCAAGCAAAUGCUAAUGGUCUCGGGCUUUGAUAGAUAUUAUCAAGUAGCAAGAUGCUUUCGGGAUGAGGAUCUGAGAGCUGACAGACAACCGGAGUUCACCCAACUGGAUAUGGAAUUGGCAUUUACUCCUUUGGAUGAAAUGCUGAAGCUAAAUGAAGAUUUGAUAAGGGAGGUCUUUCGGGAGAUUCAAGGUAUUGAGCUUCCCAACCCUUUUCCCAGGCUUACGUAUGCCGAAGCAAUGGAUCGAUAUGGGUCAGAUAGACCGGAUCUUCGUUUUGGUCUUGAGUUAAGAGAUGUCUCUGAUAUUUUUUCUGGGUCUACAUUCAAAGUUUUUGGAGAAGCAUUGGCUAAUGGGGGUGUGAUAAAGGCAUUGUGCAUACCCGCAGCUGCAAGUGUUUAUUCUAACACAGCACUUAAAAAGGGUGUUUUGUUUAAUGAAGCAAUAAAAUCUGGGGCGAAAGGUUUGCCCUUUCUUAAGGUCACAAGUGAUGGGGAGCUUGAAGGGAUACCUGCUUUAGCAUCAAGUUUGAAUCAACAAAAUAAAGAAAACCUGUUGAAUCUCUGCUCUGCGAGAUCUGGUGACCUUAUCUUGUUUGCCGUGGGUUUGGAGAAGUCUGUGAACAAAACCCUUGAUCGACUAAGGUUACACCUGGCGCAUGAAUUGGGUAUGGUUGAUCAUUCCAAGCAUUCAAUUCUUUGGGUGACUGAUUUCCCGAUGUUCGAGUGGAACGACGAUGAAAAGAGGCUUGAGGCUUUGCAUCAUCCAUUCACUGCUCCAAACCCUGAAGACACAGAGGAUUUAUCCUCUGCUCGAGCUUUGGCAUAUGAUAUGGUUUACAAUGGAGUAGAGAUUGGUGGAGGAAGUUUAAGAAUAUAUAAGCGCGAGGUGCAAGAAAAGGUUUUGGAAAUUGUGGGCGUCUCACCGGAACAGGCUGAAGCAAAAUUCGGCUAUCUUUUGGAGGCUUUGGACAUGGGUGCUCCUCCACAUGGAGGCAUAGCCUAUGGCGUGGACAGACUAGUAAUGCUGUUGGCUGGAGCAAAUUCCAUCAGAGAUGUGAUUGCUUUUCCAAAGACAUCCACUGCUCAGUGUGCCCUUACGCGAGCGCCAUCUGAGGUAGAUCCCCAGCAGCUCAGAGACCUCUUCAUAGCAAAAUUAUAACUAGCUAGUACCCGAUCCCAUUUUUGUUUUUUGAAACGGAGCAUGUACAUCUUACAUUGGAGAUAUUAGUCUGACUUGUUCUUUCAAUUUUUCGGUUUUGUCUUCCUUCUUUUCCCCCUUUUUCUUUGGGGAAGAGAUAGACAAGCCUCAAACCAACAUGGCUAUAAGUAGGUAUUUCUUACUAUCAAUCUUUAGCAAAAGGAUUGAGGUUGGUUGGUGAGGGACAUAAAACUUAUAUUUUACGUUAAUUCCGAAUGCAGGUAAUAAAUUAUAGUUUUUGGGA